AUGGCGCCUGCCCAGCAAAAGAGAAAGCGCCCGCAGGACGACCAUCAGACUCGCGCCUCCCCUCACCGUCCCGAAAACCUCAAUCUGGCCCAGCAGAACCAGCGCAACAACCGUCGCAAUGGAAAUGGAAACCAGAAUCGCUCAAACAACUCGACUCCCACUCACAACCGACAUGGCAACUUCUCCCAGCCCGCCUCUGCUCGAAACUCGCCCGCCCAUCCUCCGCAAACUCCUCAGCAGAAUGCGCAAUCACAACCGCCUCCGCAACAGCUGCCGCAGCAUUCGCAACCAGAGCCAACACGCCCUGCUCUGAACUCAACACCCUCAGCUACCCCUGCUCCUCCUCUCGUCCUCCCUCAGUAUCCACCGACGCCCAAGGAACCUCCCGCUCCUUAUGCUUACGACUACUUGACCGACGAGGCCGUGAGUGCCUGGCAGGCAAAGGGACAGCAGUCAGUUUUGGAUGCUUUGGAGAAUGCAGAGGACAAGGAUAUGGUGUCGAGCACAGUCAUACAAGAGCUGUUGAGGACAACGCUAGAUGGUCGCUUGUCUGCGGGGGAGUGUGCAGAAGUGCUGAAACAAGUUGCUCCUUCGGACGAACUGCAGUCUGUCUUUGCCGACACACUGGCCCUGCUCGACGACGCAGACUGGAAGAAUCCCGUUCUUAAGACACUCAUUCACGAUGCCGGUCUCUCACCACAUCUGCUCCGCAACGAGCUCGACAUCGAACCCCUGUCCGCUCUUGGACUUGUGCGCAACACCUUUUCUACCAUUCGCAACCGCAAGACGACCAACCUCAUCUACCGUCAAGCCAACUUCAACCUGCUGCGUGAAGAGUCGGAAGGUUACUCCAAACUCAUCACCGAAUACUUCAAUGCUGCCAACGCUGGUUCUACGUCAGAUUUCAUUGCCGAGGAUACCUUCCAACGCAUCAAGGCCCUUGUUGGCUCCUUUGAUCUGGACGUUGGACGUGUCCUGGACAUUACCCUCGAUGUCAUGGCAAAUCUCCUCAUCAAAAACUUCCGUUUCUUCAUAAAGUACUUACGCUCAAGUUCGUGGUGGCCCGAACAGCACAUCCCUGAGGGCUUCCAAACUCAAGGACAAGGCUUUACUUCACUACCAGCAUGGGCUCUUCCUCAUUCAGCAUCGUGGAGUCAGACUUCGGAACAGCGUGCUCAACUGGCUACUCUCAAAGAGGCUCGCGAUGUGGACUUCUGGCAGCAAGUGCGCAAGGUGGGUAUGGAUGCUUUCUACGACAUUGGCGCUCUCCGCAUCACAAAUCUGGACGCUCCUGCAGUCGCCGAUCUUCUCAACACAGAACUCAAACCCGAACUGGAUGCCAGAGGUCGCGAGAUGAACAUGAUCCGUCGCCUUCGUACCAACAACGCCCGCAAAUGGAUGCGCCAGACUGGUUGCGUCGUGCCUCCUGGCAACUCGGACGCCGCCCAGCUACUUGGUUUCAAACUUGCCUUUUACUCUUCUGCGGCUCGCGACAAGCAUGAUGUUCUUCCUGACAACCUCAUCUAUCUUGCCGCCUUCCUCAUCAAAAUUGGCUUCAUCUCGCUCAGGGACCUCUAUCCUCAUCUGUACCCACCGGACGAGAAGAUGGGCGAGACCAAGGAGAGACUUGAGAAAGAGAAGCUCGAAAGAGAAAAGGCUGCAAAGCCCGGUGGUGGUGCUCUCAAUGCUCUUGCCAUGGCAGGUGCCCUUGCAGAUGACACUGUUCCUGCUCCGCAUGCUGCUGUGCGCGGUCUGCGAGAUAACGCCUCUGGACGAGCUACUCCCAAGGCUGAAGCUGAUACCACUGAAGCUGCUACAGAAGAUGCUGAAAAGGAAGCCUUGCCUGAACCUGCCAACCAAAAGGUAGCUCUGGUCAAGAGUCUGCUGGCAAUUGGCUGUCUGCCAGAAGCUCUGUACAUUCUGGGCAGGUUCCCUUGGUUGACUGAUCUCGUCCACGAGUUACCCGACUACAUCCAUCGCAUCCUUCAUCAUAUGCUCACCAAGGUCUACGAACCUGCCAGACCUCUCGCUAACAGGCCUGGAAUGAAUGCCGCUAGACCUCACAUCGGCGACCCUUCCGGCUUGCCCAAGGGUCAGCUCAACCUUACUCCUGCUCCGCCAACCAAGACUCUGAGAUGGGCCAAUCUUGAUCGUCCUGACUAUGGCGAUGCUGUUGAGUACAAGUUCUAUUGGGACGAUUGGACCGACAACAUUCCCAUCUGCCAAUCAGUAGAUGAUGUCUUCCAACUCUGCAGCACCUUUUUGAACUUGACUGGCGUCAAGAUUGGUAGAGACUCUGCACUCCUGAUGAAGCUUGCUCGUAUUGGUAAAAAGAGUUUGACCGAUGAUCCUUCUGAGAGCAACUAUGCUCGAUGGAUUGACCUUUGCAAACGUCUUCUUGUUCCUGCUCUCAGUCUGACCAAGCACAACACUGGCGACGUCAAUGAGAUGUUUGAGCUUCUCAAGUUCUUCCCUACCAGCACUCGCUACUCCAUCUAUGCCGAAUGGCACUAUGGUACCACCUCCCGCUUGCCUGACAUCAAAUCUGCCUUUGACCUCACCAAGGCCGAGACAAAGGAUGUUCUCAAGCGUAUCAGCAAGACCAAUGUGCGAGCCAUGGGCAAGGCACUGUCAAAGGUUGCCUUUUCUUCUCCUGGUAUUGUCAUGCAAGUCGCCAUCCAUCAGAUGGAGUCCUACGACAAUCUUAUUGAUGUUGUCGUGGAAUGUGUUCGUUACUUUAGCAUGCUCGGAUAUGAUGUACUGACCUGGUGUCUGAUGAACGCGCUCGGAGGUGGUGGCAGAAAUCGUGUGCAAGCAGAUGGUAUGCUCACCAGUCCCUGGUUGCGCGCACUUUCGACCUUCGCUGGUUCAAUCUUCAAGCGCUACUCUGCCAUGGAUCCUUCCCCCAUCCUUCAGUAUGUAACCAACGAGCUCCGCGCUGGCAAUUCUACCGAUCUCGAGGUUCUUGAACAAAUCAUUACCGAGAUGGUCGGUAUCAAAUCUGACAUGACCUUCAACGAGUCUCAAGUUCUUGCCAUGGCGGGUGGUCCUGUUCUCAAGGCUCAGACACUCAUUUCCUUGCUUGAUGAAAGACACAAGAUGGAAAAGCCGUCUCGUCGUCUGAUCAAGGCACUCAUCGAGCCUGGACUGGCUGGUCAACUUCUGAUAUCUGUCGCACAGGAGAGUCAGAUGUAUGCUCACCAUGAAUCUACUCAAGAUGCGCCUUUGAAAGUUCUCGGAAACAACAUGGACAAGCUCUACCAGGUCUUUAACCAAUAUCUCGAAACACUCCGAAGCACACUUUCACCAGACGAAUUUGAUGCCGUCGUUCCAGAUACGGUCAGCUUGAUGGGUGAGUUUGGCCUCGAGCCAUCAAUUGCAUUCAUGAUCGGUCGCGCAAGUAUCGCCCAUGCUAUUGCCGAGAGCGAUGCUGCCAAGAAGGCCGAACAACAAGCCAGAAGGUCGAGCCAAUCAGCUGCUGCCAAUGGCGACGUCAGCAUGGCAGACGCUGAUGAGAAAGAUGUCAAGAACGAAGAAGCCACCUCGACACCUACAGAGGAGAAGCCCAUGCUUUCCCUUACUGAAACAGACGCAGAGAUGAAAAGCGUUGCCCACGCCAAUGGUGUUGAUGCUGCAACUCCAACUCCGUCGCCUGAAACACACUGGCAUCCUGUCUUGACUCCGCUGAUCGACAAGACACGCGAGCUGCUUGGCGACAAGCUUGAGCAGAACAUUAGCAUACCUUUCUACGUCACUUUCUGGACCCUUGGACUCGAAGACAUUCUUGUCAACACCAACAGUUACGAUCAGGAACUCGCCACCCAAUCUCAUCUCAUCAACCAAAUCAACAAUGACCGUGCUGAUGUUACGGGCAAGGGCAUGCAAGACAAAGAGAAGAGGAAGAAGGCCAUCACCGAGUUGAGAGAGAAGCUUACUCAAGAGAUGAAGAGUCAAAUCGGCGCUUACACCCAGGUCCGCAACAGACUCAACAAGGAGAAGGAUCACUGGUUCACCGACUUCCAUAACAAGGUUGAACUUUUGCACACCAGUCUUCUCCAGAACUGCUUCCUUCCAAGAAUGAUGAACUCUCCCCUGGACGCUCACUACACUUACAUGAUGCUGAAGUUCCUUCACAACAACGGCGCUCCUGGAUUCCGUACUAUGCACCUGCUAGACCGUCUUCUGCGCAAGAACCAAAUGUCCUCACUCAUGUUCCAAUGCACACCCAGAGAAUCUGAGAAUUUUGGCCGCUUUUUGAAUGAAGUCCUGAAGGAACUCUCGGCUUGGCAUGCCGAUAAAGCUGCAUACGAGAAGAAUGCUUUUGGGACAAAGAAACAACUGACUGGUUUCGCAAGAAAGCUCAAUCCAGACAACACACCACAAACAUUCCUCAGCUAUGAAGAGUACCGUGUACUGCUGUACAAGUGGCACUCCAAUCUGAAUGCUGCUUUCCAAAUGUGUUUUGACUCCGGAGAGUACAUGCACAUCCGCAAUGCCAUCAUUGUGUUCAAGGCUAUUGCUCAACAAUUCCCUGUGGCAGAGCCUAUGGGCAAGAUGAUUCUUGACGCCGUCACUGCUCUCAGCAAAGCCGAUGGCAGAGCUGACCUCAAGCUUGCUGCUGCAAGUACAUUGGGUGACAUCCGCAAGAGGCAGCCUUCUUGGAUUUCAAAGGAGCACUUUACAGGAGUGAGUAUUGCACAACCACCAUCAACCAACAAAUCUGACACUAUCAAGAAACCCGAUCCCAACGCCAAACCUGUUCCAUCUCGAGCCGAAACUCCUGCUUCUCGUACUUCGACUCCACUCAACCCCACCGCCCAAGUCUUUCAGGCUCCACUUGCCCCAGCGCAGAAAGCCGAAUCAGAAGAUGGAGAGAUCGACGACGAUAAACAAGCUCCAGGCAAGCCGGAGGCCGCCGGAGACAGAUCUGAGGCACUGCCAGAGAGAAAAGCUGCCCUCAAACCAUUACCAAGAGCCAACGAAGGCCAAGCGAGAGCUCACACUCCCUCGCAACGGAAUGACUCGAGGCCAUCAUCAACCCAGCCUACAAGAACACCCCACUCUCUGCCUAGCAAACCAGAGCUCCCGCCCAAUGCGAGACAACCAUCUGGACGAGGCUCUGCACAACUACCUCCUCGCCAUGACUCUCGCGAGCGCGGUCAUCCUUCAGAGUAUGGACGUCUAGAUAGACCUAGCGAAGCUAUGCGCUCGAGUACAUCAGGCAUGCCGAGAGAAGCAUCUCCUCCUCUAGGAGCACGUGGAGGCAGAAGUCGUCAAAGAUCCCCAGAAUAUCCUCCCCGCGAUGACAGACGUGACCAUUAUGGCAGACCUCAACCUUCAGCCAUGCCAGAGCCGCGUGUGGCUGAGCGUGAUCAAUACGGUCCUGCAAGACCUCAUCCUGGAAGAACUCUGCUUCAGGAGAACAGAGGAUACUCUGGUGCUCCCAGUCCAAUGGCCCCUCCUUCUGAUCGCCCAAGCUACGACAGGACUGAUCGUGCUGAGCGUUCUGACCGUCUCGAACGCGCCGAUCGCGAACGUUCUGAUCGCCAAUCUAUGAGCCGAGCAUCUUCUCAUUCUGCUCAACCGCCGCAGGCUUCGGUUGCUGUCAAUCCCGAACGUCUUGCUCUGAUUUCUGGGGAAGUUGCUCCCAACGAUCGCAGGUCAAGAGACUCAUCACGCGACGACAGAAGAUCGAGAGACUCGAGACCACAAUCACCUAAGAGACCCGUCGAUCUCCCACCGCCAGCGCCAGUGCGCGAAAAGGAGGCGCCACGCAGACAGCCGCUUGAUCCCAAUCCUUUUGCUGCACGGGAGGCCGCUCGUGCCCAACCUGAGAGAAUGGAGAGACGAGAGGAGCCGCCACCAACCGGACCUGCUGCAGGCAGAAGUGUACGAGGUGGCCGCAAUGACAUGCCUUCCAAGCCUAAUGCUCGCGAUCUUUUCGAGCCUUCAAGCGGUUCUAGAAGAGCCGUUGAUACGCAAAUGCAAGAUCCGAACUAUGGACGUUUAAGCUCCGCACCAGAACCCCCUUCUGGACCUCCACUCGGUCCCAAGGGUUAUGGUAACAACAACCCUCGGAACUUCUCUGGGCAAAAUGUGCCUAAUGGUCGCUCUGGGGAUGCAAGAGAUGUGCCACACAAUGCACCUCAGGAACCUAGCAGCAACCGCAACAGACGCCCUCACCAUGACCGUCAGGGCUCGCAACAGUCACAGUUUCCAGUUCCACCUCCACCCUCAGGACCACCGCCAGGAGCUCCUUCACAGUCUGUGCAGCCAGAAGUUGUCGGCAUUCACCCCAGCCGUCUGCAGAUUCUCGACAUUCCACCGCAAGCUGCAUCUACACCUACGGGACCUCGUAUGGGCAUGGCUAACCCGCCGACUCCAAACACACCUUCUGGACCAGCGUCAGCAACCUCCCGAGCUCCCGCUGGACCUGCAGGUGAUCGUCGCAACAAUGGCAACGGCCAAGACCGCAGGUUCGCUGGGUUGAACGAUACAUUGCAGAGCUCAAACGCGAACGGCGCAUCCAUAAGAGGACGAGCCGGUGGACGACAAGGACAAGGCCCCACCUCAAUGAUGCCCGCGUCUGCGAUGCCCAGUCCCGCUGCUUCUCAAUCUCCUGCCAUGCCAUCGCCAGCCAUGAGAAACGAUUUCCCCACUCCGACAUCUUCGUCUAGAGACCAAGGUGGCAACAGACGCCAUGAUGAUCGCGAACAGAGAGACUCAAGGCGUCAUGGUCGUGACGGAGGCGAAUCGCGUCACUCCAACCAUGGUAACCACGGACAUGGUGCAGCCAAUCUUCCUCCUCCUCCGCCACCACCUACCGACGACUACCGCAGCCACCAAUCUUCUGGUCGCGCACCUAGAUCUUCGCGUGGCGGUAAUGAGAGAGAUGCCUAUGGCGGAGGCAGAGGCGCUGCACCACCCACACCUACCUUAUCUUCCGUCGCACAACCACCCCAAGGCUUUGCACCUCCUCUCCAACAAGGCGAUCCUUCUGGUUAUGGCGGUGGCGGUGGAAGAAACCGCGGGUUCGAAGGUGAUGACUAUCACCGUCGCGAGAGCCGUGGCGAUGGUGGAAGUGGAAGAAGAGAUGAUGGAAAUGGAGGUGGACACAGAAGAGGAAACGAUGACGGAAGACGCGGUGGUGGGCAACAAGGAGGUGACGGUCAAGGACAGGGUCAAGGGCAAGGACGCUCGGAAAGGAAGAGAAGAGGUGAGGGUGAGCCUGGCGGACAUGAAGGCAAGAGGAGAAGAUAG